AAUACCGACUUGGGCAAGGCUAACCAACAACCAAAAACAAUAUUCAGGCAUCCCGAGGACAGAGAAAUCAUGUUGGUCAAAAAAAAUAUUCGGUGACUAAUUGGGACAAAAGAAAAAAGUAGAUCCAUCAAUACAAACUUUGAUAAAAAAAAAUAAAGGAGAGUCAUAGACACAUAGAAAUAGGAAACUGAAAAUCGGUUCGUUUCUGCAUCAAAUUAUCUGUAUAGUCAAUCAUGGCAUCUGUCAAUGUAAAGAAGUUGAUGUUGAAGUCACUGGUGAUGAUAAUCCUACACCAAGCGAUCGAUCCCACAAUAACCGAUGGUUCUACUUUUGACUUGGCUCGGAGGAAGCUGACUGAUGUAACAGCAGACAUGUUUGAUUCUGCUCCUAACACCACCCGUCUCACGCUUAGCUCCAAUGAGAUAGCAGAGAUAGAGACAGGAGCGUUUUCUGGUUUGCAGUUAUUAGAAUAUUUACACUUGGGAUAUAAUAAACUGACAAUACUGACAUAUGAAUCGGGUGCCUUUUCUGAUUUGCAAUCAUUGGAACAAUUAUACUUGUCUAACAAUAAACUGACAAUAUUGACAAAUGGUAUGUUUGGUAAUCUUACAUCACUGACAAAGCUGUAUCUAAAGGACAAUAAUAUAUAUAAAAUAGAAUCGGGUGUCUUUUCUGAUUUGCAAUCAUUGGAACAAUUAGACUUGUCUAACAAUAAACUGACAAUAUUGACAAAUGGUAUGUUUGGUAAUCUUACAUCACUGACAAAGCUGUAUCUAAAGGACAAUAAUAUAUCUGAAAUAGAAUCGGGUGCCUUUUCUGAUUUGCAAUCAUUGGAACAAUUAUACUUUUCUAACAAUAAACUGACAAUAUUGACAAAUGGUAUGUUUGGUAAUCUUACAUCACUGAAAUGGCUGGAACUAGGGGACAAUAAUAUAUCUGAAAUAGAAUCGGGUGCCUUUUCUGGUUUGCAACCAUUGGAACUAUUAUAUUUGAAUAACAACAAACUCACAGUAUUGACAAAUGGUAUGUUUGGUAAUCUUCCAUCACUGACACGGCUGGAUCUAAAGAACAAUAAUAUAUAUAAAAUAGAAUCGGGUGAAUUUUCUGAUUUGCAAUCAUUGGAACAUUUAUACUUUUCUAACAAUAAACUGACAAUAUUGACAAAUGGUAUGUUUGGUAAUCUUACAUCACUGUUUUGGCUGGAUCUAGGGGACAAUAAUAUAUCUGAAAUAGAAUCGGGUCCCUUUUCUGGUUUGCAACAAUUGGAACUAUUAUAUUUGAAUAACAUUACACUCACAGUAUUGACAAAUGGUAUGUUUGGUAAUCUUACAUCAGUGAGAUGGCUGGAUCUAAAGGACAAUAAUAUAUCUGAAAUAGAAUCGGGUGCCUUUUCUGAUUUGCAAUCAUUGGAACGAUUAUACUUUUCUAACAAUAAACUGACAAUAUUGACAAAUGGUAUGUUUGGUAAUCUUCCAUCACUGACACAGCUGUAUCUAAAGGACAAUAAUAUAUCUGAAAUAGAAUCGGGUGCCUUUUCUGAUUUGCAAUCAUUGGAACGAUUAUACUUUUCUAACAAUAAACUGACAAUAUUGACAAAUGGUAUGUUUGGUAAUCUUCCAUCACUGACACAGCUGUAUCUAAAGGAGAAUAAUAUAUCUGAAAUAGAAUCGGGUGCCUUUUCUGAUUUGCAAUCAUUGGAACGAUUAUACUUUUCUAACAAUAAACUGACAAUAUUGACAAAUGGUAUGUUUGGUAAUCUUACAUCACUAACACGACUGGAUCUAAAGGACAAUAAUAUAUCUGAAAUAGAAUCUGGUGCUUUUUCUGGUUUGCAAUCAUUGGAACGAUUAUACUUGUUAAACAAUAAACUGACUAUAUUGACACGUGGUAUGUUUGGUAAUCUUGCAUCACUGGCAGAGCUGUCUCUAGCUAGUAAUGAUAUAUACCAAAUAGAAUCCAAUGCUUUAUUAGAACUUUGGCUACACACAAACAAAAUAGAUAAGUUAGAAUCUGAUACCUUUUCUGAUUUGCAAUCAUUGGAAACGUUAAUCUUGGAUGACAAUAAAAUGACAAUAUUGACAACUGGUAUGUUUGGUAAUCUUACAUCACUGAAAAAGCUGUCACUGGAUAGUAACAAUAUAUCUCAAAUAGAAUCGGAUUUCUUUUCUGGUUUGCGAUCAUUGGAACAAUUAGAUUUGUCUAACAAUAAUCUUGAACAUAUUCCGGCCGAUAUAUGCCAGUAUCUGCCAAAUCUUAAUGCUUUAAGCAUGAUUGGAAAUGAUAUAACGUCUGUGUCAGAUGAAUACAUCAAUAAUAUAACUGCAAUACGCGUUAAUGACCUAUGCUCAAGAAACAUAGAAACAACUCAGGCAUCCUCUCAACCAACACAGGAGUUUGUUCAACCAACUCAGGCAUCCACUCAAAUAACCCAAGCAUCCAUUCAACCAACACAAGCAUCUAUUCAACCAACACAGGCAUCUUCUCAACCAACACAGGCAUCCAGUCAACCAACAAAAGCAUCCGGUCAACCGACACACACGGCAGCACAUAAUAAUUCCAUAGUCCUUGUCAUAGCAUGUGCAACUUCUGCGUUAUGUGUAAUUAUCAUUAUUCUUUUAUGUAUCGUAUUCUACCUUCUGAAAACGAGACAAUCACCUUCGUCUGGUCGACCAAGUGAAAGUACCGGAGAUAAUAUGUAUGCGAAAUCAGAUGAAGAAUUGAAACAUGAGUAUCUGUUUAUGUAAAUCAUGGUCUAGGCUCAACUUUUUGACAAUAUGUACUAGCCGGUUCCUUUUUCAAAAGAAGUACACAUCAAACAGGUAUAACACAUAUGUGAAACUUUACCAUUUGUUGUGAGUAACCGCUAACACCCUAGUCACAUUUCCCACGGCCGCCGUGCGGUCUAUCAUUUCUGCGGCCAGUAGCUUUUCUACACUCGCCGUAGAAUUUCUGCGCUCUCAUACUUUUGCAGUCACAUUUCCCACGGCAGCCGCACGGUGAAUUUUAAAUUUCUGUUGAUAAAUAAUUCUUUUUUUCAUUUUAUUUACAUCGGGACAAUUUAUAAAUGUUAUUUUAGUGCUAGGAUGUAAUAUCAAAUGAAAAGUGAUCGUGAAACAUUGACAAAUUAUGAUCCAAUCUUGUUGAGCCAGUUGAUUUCUACGGGGACCUCAGAAAUGAACAAAUAUUAUAACUCCGAGUUAUAAUUUCUACGCCUUCCCUGCGGCCUGUAAAAAACUGGAUAUGCCGUACGGAGACCGCAAGGCGUCCGUAGUUUCCCUACGCUCGCCGCAGAUAUUCACCGAUUUAAUUGAUCUCCGGUCGACGUACGGCCGCCGUACGACAAAUGUGACUGGGGUGUUACGACCGCCGUACGACAAAUGUGACUGGGGUGUUAGAUCAAACCCUGAAACUUUCAAAACUUCGAAUUUUUUUAUUUCUGACGAGUCCAUCUUAAGUUUUUAAACGUGAAUUCACUAUGAGGUUUACAUUAAAAACAAGAGACUUGCGAUUUAAAAAUUCUGGUAAGAUUUAGGGUAUAAAAUAUUUUGAAAGGGAUUUUGUGAUAUAAACCAAAAUAACCCAAUAAGGUGUGUAUUAAUGAUUAACUUUCCUGUUAUCUCAAAAUCUGCUUGGAACUAUACCAUUAGAUUACUAGGGGAAAUUCCUCAAAAAAAUCUAGGAAUAAAGGAAUGGGUACCAUUUACAUAAUUUGAGAAAUUAUUGGCACACAUGAAACCUAUUUAAAACAGCAUUUAUAUUAUUCAAAAGUAUUCAUAAUCAAUGAUUCCCAGCCCUCUGAAGUUUGAAAAAUAAAAAUACCUGGGUGUAACACCCCAGUCACAUUUCCCACGGCCGCCGUGCGGUCUAUCAUUUCUGCGGCCAGUAGCUUUUAUUCGCUCGCCGUAGAAUUUCUGCGCUCUCAUACUUUUGCAGUCACAUUUCCUACGGCAGCCGCACGGUGAAUUUUAAAUUUCUGUUGAUAAAUAAUUCUUUUUUCAUUUUAUUUACAUCAGGACAAUUUAUAGAUGUUAUUCAUAGUGCUAGGAUGUAAUAUCAAAUGAAAAGUGAAACAUUGACAAAUAAUGACUCAAUCUUGUUGAGCCAAUUGAUUUCUACGGGCACCGCAGAAAUGAAAAAUAUUAUAACUCCGCGAUCCGAGUUAUAAUUUCUACGCCUUCCCUGCGGCCUGUAAAAAUUUGCAUACGCCGUACGGAGGCGGCAAGGCGCCCGUAGUUUUCAUACGCUCGCCGCAGAAAUUCACUGAUUUAAUUGAUCUGCGGUCGACUUACGGCCGCCGUGCGACAAAUGUGACUGGGGUAUUAAUCCAUAGAUAAUCUUUGAAAGUGAGAAAUAUUUUGGGGGAUUAUAUGGUGCAAUCUUGUAGUCAAUGAAAGUGUAUUGAAGUUUUUUACAUGAAAAGCACAAGCGAAAUGCAUGUAAAAAUCCCCCGAUUCAUUUUAGAAACAACCCGCGGUCAUUUAUGAAUAUUGAUAUAUUUUUUUUUAUUUAUUUAUUUAUAUAAAAAAAUGAAUAUUGAUAGAAACAUUUCAGUUGAGAUUAUUGUCUUAAAGAAAGCAUGUCGGUUGCGGAUGUCGUUUGUAAAAUAUGCCAGUUGUGAAUAUUGUCAUAUUGGAAACUACAUUUGUUAAUAUAGAUAGAACCAUUUCCGUUGAGAUAAUUGUCUUAAAGAAAGCAUGUCAGUCGCGAAAAUCGUUUGUAAAUAUGCCAGUUGUGAAAAUUGUCAUAAUGGAAAUACAUUUGUUAAUAUAGAUAGAAACAUGUCCGUUGAGAUAAUUGUCUUAAAGAAAGCAUGUCAGUCGUCGCGAAAAUCGUUUGUAAAUAUGCCAGUUGUGAAAAUUGUCAUAAUAGAAAUACAUUUGUUAAUAUAGAUAGAAACAUGUCCGUUGAGAUAAUUGUCUUAAAGAAAGCAUGUCAGUCGCGAAAAUCGUUUGUAAAUAUGCCAGUUGUGAAAAUUGUCAUAAUGGAAAUACAUUUGUUAAUAUAGAUAGAAACAUGUCCGUUGAGAUAAUUGUCUUAAAGAAAGCAUGUCAGUCGCGAAAAUCGUUUCUAAAUAUGCCAGUUGUGAAUAUUGUCAUAAUGAAAAUACAUUUGUUAAUAUAGAUAGAAACAUGUCAGUUGAGUGUAUUGUCUUAAAGAAAGCUUAUCAGUUGCGAAUAUAUGUCAUUUGUUGAAUAUGCCAGUUGUGAAUAUUGUCAUAAUGGAAAUACAUUUGUUAAUAUAGAUAGAAACAUGUCCGUUGAGAUAAUUAUCUUAAAGAAAGCAUGUCAGUCGCGAAAGUCGUUUGUAAAUAUGCCAGUUGCGAAUAUUGUCAUAAUGGAAAUACAUUUGUUAAUAUAGAUAGAAACAUGUCAGUUGAGUUUAUUGUCUUGAGAAAGCAUUCAGUUGCGAAUAUAUGUCAUUUGUGGAAUAUGCCAGUUGUGAAUAUUGUCAUAUUGGAAACUACAUUUGUUAAUAUAGAUAGAAACAUUUCCGUUGAGAAAAUUGUCUUAAAGAAAGCAUGUCAGUCGCGAAAAUCGUUUGUAAAUAUACCAGUUGUGAAUAUUGUCAUAAUGGAAAUACAUUUGUUAAUAUAGAUAGAAACAUGUCCGUUGAGAUAAUUAUCUUGAAGAAAGCAUGUCAGUCGCGAAAAUCGUUUGUAAAUAUGCCAGUUGUGAAUAUUGUCAUAUUGGAAACUACAAUUGUUAAUAUAGAUAGAAACAUGUCUGUUGAGAUAAUUAUCUUGAAGAAAGCAUGUCAGUCGCGAAAAUCGUUUGUAAGUAUGCCAGUUGCGAAUAUUGUCAUAAUGGAAACACAUUUGUUAAUAUAGAUAGAAACAUGUCAGUUGGUUUUAUUGUCUUGAGAAAGCAUUCAGUUGCGAAUAUAUGUCAUUUGUGGAAUAUGCCAGUUGUGAAUAUUGUCAUAUUGGAAACUACAUUUGUUAAUAUAGAUAGAAACAUUUCCGUUGAGAUAAUUGUCUUAAAGAAAGCAUGUCAGUCGCGAAAAUCGUUUGUAAAUAUGCCAGUUGUGAAUAUUGCCAUAAUGGAAAUACAUUUGUUAAACAUAUCAGUUGAGUUUAUUGUCUUAAAGAAAGCUUAUCAGUUGCGAAUAUAUGUCAUUUGUUGAAUAUGCCAGUUGUGAAUAUUGUCAUAAUGAAAGCAUGUCAGUUUUGAAUGUUGUCAAAAUGGAAACAUGUCAAUUGUGAAUAUAUGGAGAAAUGAAACCAUCCAGUUGUGACUGAAAUUAUGCCAAUUGUAAAUAUUGUCAUCUUGAAAUAAUUUUUUUUUAUUUAAUUGAUUUUCAGAGAAGAAAAAGCGUAUUAAAGCAAUUGAAAAAAAAAACAAUUACAAUACAGUUACAUGGUAAACGUACAUUGUACAAUACAGUAUUGGUUACACGUUAGUGUUUAAGAAUUUUAUACCUUUGGCAAUUUUUUUAUUAGUUGUGAAUAGUUUCAUACUUAAAACAUGGAUAUGUGAAAAUGUAAACAUGUCAGUUAUAAAUAUUAUUACUCUGAAAAUAAUUAUUUAUAAUGUAAACUUUAUGUACGUUGUGAAUUUCGUCAAAAUGAUAACAAGUAAUUUGUAAAUACUGUCAUACGGAAAACAGCAUUUGGCAAUUUAAGUUAUUGUCAAAAUGAAAUAUAAGUGUAGAAUAUUAUCAUAAUGAAUACAAAUGUUAGUGAGGAAUACAGUCAAAAUGAAAACAUCAAUUAUGAAUACUGUCCGAAUGAAAACAUGUUAUAUUACCAACCAGAAAUACGCCCGUUUUGAAUAUCGUCGCAUAAAUUUCAUAUGUGAAAAUUCUCAUCAUGAAAACAUGGCAUUCGUGGAUAUGUCAGUUGCGAAUAUUGUCAUCAUGAAAACGUACUUUUGAAAAUUGUGAUAUAUAUAAAAAAAAACAUGUCAUUCGUGAAUAUUAUCAUGAUGCAAGUUGUAAGUAUAUUCAUUAUAAAAAUCAUAUGCCAAUUGUAAUAAAGAAAAGAUGCCAUUUGUCAAUCCUGGCAUAUUCAAAACAUAUAAAGUUUGAAUAUUGUCAUUGUGAACAUGCGAUAUGCGAAUUGUAAAUAAUGCCGUUGUUAAACAUCAUCAGUUGAGCAUAUUGUCAUAAUGAAAACGUGUGAUGUGCCAAUUGUGCAUGAUAUUGUCAAAUUAAAAACAUGUCAGUUGUGAAUGGUGUCAUUACGAAAAUAUGAUGCCAUAUUUGAAAACUAACAAAAUGAAGACAUGCCAAUUGGAAAAUGUAUAAUAAAUGAAAUCAGUUUGUAAAAAGUGACGGCACUCAUAUAAUAUUUCUUGUAAAUUGUGUACAUAAGAGCAGUGACAAACGUAUAUACAGUAAAACCUGUUUUAGUGAACACCUUUCUCGAGUGAACACCUGUCUCUAGUGGACAUUCUUCCUCCGCACAAUACUCUGCUGGUGAACGCCUACCAACACUUAACGGGUUUUUCUCGACAAAAAAUGUUCAAUAUACAUAGGUUCUACUAUAUACAUUUUGAUAGAACUAUAUAACCAUUUAUCGUAUGAUCUGUAAAAUGAAGCCCUCUGAUUGGUCAGUUCUUGUGCUGUACCAAUCUGUAUUAAUAUUGGUACUGAGAUUGUCCCCAUUGAUCAUCUCCGUUGCAAUAAAAAAAUAUUGGCACGGAGGGGACAUAAGUAAAUGUAUUGGCCUAAUAAGAUCACAUGAUAAAAACGUUAUAGAGUGAUUUGAAGCGCAAAACAGCAUAAAUUUUGCUCUCAAUAUUCAGUAUUGGUACUCGACUUUGUCUCGUGCUAAAACAGAGCGCCCUAUAUCCUGCAUUGCACUUCAAAUUAUUAUAUAACGUAUAUUACAAACCAUAUGUAACACUGUAUAAAUAUUCUGUAUAUAAAUUAUGAUGAUGAUAUAAGAUUUUCAACAAAUGUUCUUCACACGAUGCCAGCACUUUCUGAGACGCUUCUGUGACUCUCGUUAUGUAUCAUAAUAGUAGGAAAUUCUUUGUUUAUAUUUUAUCAUAGAAUUUGUAUUUGUUGUAUAUUAAAAUAAAAUAUUGUAUCAUUUUA